AUGGCUGCAGGCAUCGUGAAGGAGCGUGGAGCAGGGAGGGGUUUGAGGACCAUCACUUUGACAUAUGUUGGCCUGCUCACCCUUAUACUGCUGGCGUCGUUUAUCUCACAGUCGUGGGGCGCACCAAAGGGCUCUUUCCAACGGAGAAACUGGACCCCGCAGGCUAUGCUGUACCUUAAGGGCACUCAGGGACGAAGAUUCAUCUCAGAGGAUCGUAAAGAGGGAGAUGUCUAUGACACAUUACACUUAGAGACCCGCAGUCAGAACACAGAGAAUCUGAGCGUGGACCAGGCCGCCACCGUCCUGCUCAACUUCCUGCAGCAGACCAGAGAGGGAGCUAAGGAGAAUCCAAAUGAGGUGUAUUUCCAGGAGCUGCCGGUGUGGAAGAGAGAAUACUUUUGAUCGUCUUUCAUACAUUUCAUUUCUUCAGUCCUGUGUACAAUUCCAGUUGUUUUGUAUAAAUAAAUUAUCUGACAAUGUUUGAAAUGUGAUGUUUUAAUAAAAGGAGUUUGAAUCCAUAGCACUAUUGGUCUGAUAUUGUCAAAGUGUUUUAAACUUCCAUGAUAGAAUAUUCAAGGUAUGUUUCAAAACCAUUAUGACACCCAAAAUGUCCUAAAGGUCAUACAAAUACAGUAUUUAUGAUGACAUAUCAAGUUUACAAAUAAAUCAAGGUUUGAUGAUAUUGUCAUGUAAAUGAAGGAUGUUACCAAAGAGAGAGUUGCUGUUUUUUAAGCAUCUAUUUUUUUAAGCGUAAUUUUGCAGGUCAAACUUCAUUCUAAAAACACAAUUGUUGUGCAACUUCUCUGAAAACAAUAGGUGAACAUAAUGGUAAGAAAGUAGAAAAAACAAACGUUACAUUUAUAAAUACCUCCGGCUAUACGGAUACAAU